AUGGCCGACACAAUUUUUCGAUAUCCUUUUAGAAACUUUUUCUUGGACCAUCCUCCAAUUUUUAGAGAAUACUAUGGCUCAUCAGCACUCUUGGAUUGGAUUGAAUCCCCAACUACUCAUAUCAUCAAAAUCAACGUUCCAGGAUUCAAGAAAGAUGAGAUAAAAGUGCAGAUUGAGGAAGGGAAUGUUUUGCAUCUUAGAGGAGAAAGUUUGAAAGAGGAGAAUCAUGGAAAGGAGAUUGUUUGGCAUAUUGCUGAGAGAGGAAAUGGAAAAGAAGAUUUCUCAAGGAUGAUUGAAUUACCUGAGGAUGUGAAAUUGGAUAAGAUUAAGGCAAAUAUAGAAAAUGGAGUUCUCACUGUUAUUGUUCCUAAAGAUAAAUCUCAUAAAGUUGGAAAUAUUAACAUCAGUAGUAGGCUUUAA